AUGAAUAAUCAUGAGGAGCAUAACAGCAACAAUGUGGUCAUGAAUAAUGAUGAGGAACAUACCAACAACAUUGAGGAAGACAAUGAAAGUGAGCCCAUGAAUAAUCAUGAGGAGCGCCGUAACAACAUUCAUCAAGUACGGCGUAUGAGGAGGGCAAGAAUAAAUAAUAAUCCUGCUAGAGAUUUUCAUGAGGAAAUGGGUGUCCAUGAUUGUCAAUUGCCCCCACUAAAAACAUGCCCAUAUUGCAAUGCAUUGUUGUUUAAUCAAGAGACCUUUAGUUUGUGUUGCUUGAAGGGGAAUAUUGUUCUACCACUAAUACAGUCUCCCCCAGAAAUGGUUCACCUCUUUUCUGAUCAAACUGAUGAGGGCAGAAAAUUCAGACAAAAUAUUAGGGCCUACAACAAUGUGUUUGCUUCCACUUCAAUGGGCGUACAUGUUGAUGAAAGAAUUAAUAUCCAAGGCCGUGGACCUUAUACGUUUCAUGCACAAGGUUCUAUAUAUCAUAAAAUUGGUGGUCUAUUACCAAUUGACGGGAGAAGACCACGAUAUCUACAGGCUUAUAUAUACGACACUGAGCAUGAACUUGAGAAUAGAUUGUCUGAAAGUGAAGUUUUGGAGAGGGGAAUGGUUGAAAAGAUACAACAAAUUCUUAAUCAACACAAUCCAUUUGUUCAAACAUUUCGAAGUCUUAGACAACGUCAAGAUUUGCCCAAUUGCAGACUCAUCAUCAGAGAGCAACCUUCCGACCGCCGUCAGUAUAAUUUGCCAUCUGCAUCACAAGUUGCUGCUAUUAUAGUAGGGGGUGACGACAUCAAUCCAAAUGGGAGAGAUUUUAUUGUUCAAACAAUUAGUGGACAACUUUGGAAUGUCAAAGACUCAGUUGGAUAUUAUGACCCCAUGCAGUAUCCGUUAUUAUUGCCUUAUGGAACAUAUGGAUGGGACAUUAAUACUCAUGGCAAUAAUGGAAGACCAAUAUGUGUCAAGGUCAUGAAAAUCCUCUACAUCGAGGAGGACGCCUCUUCCAACAGUAACGUUGGUCGUAGAACAAUUCUGCCAUCAUCGUUUAUUGGAAGCCCACAUGACAUCUACCAACGAUAUCAAGAUGCAAUGGCUUUGGUUCAAAAAUAUGGCAGGCCGGAUCUUUUUAUCACCAUGACCUGUAACCCCAAUUGGGAAGAAGUUAGAAAUGAACUACUCCCUGGACAAACCCCACAAGACCGUCCUGAUUUAGUCACCAGGGUAUUUCAUGCUAAGUUUGAGCAAUUAAAAGAAGACAUCAUCAACAAGGGGGUGUUGGGAAAAGUGGCUGCACAUGCUUUUGUUGUUGAAUUUCAAAAACGGGGCCUACCACAUGUUCAUAUGCUGAUUAUGUUAGAAGAAAAUGACAAGCUUAAUAACCCUGAUGAAUAUGAUCGCAUUGUUAGAGCUGAAAUAGCAUAUGAGGACGAGGAGCCUCAACUUUAUGAUGCAGUGUGUACACAUAUGAUUCAUGGUCCAUGUGGAACUCUUAACCCAAGGCAGUCAUGUAUGAAAAAUGGAAGUUGCAAUAAAGGUUAUCCAAAACCAUUUGCAAAUUUCACUGUGCAAGGGAAUGAUGCAUAUCCUGUAUAUCGGAGACGAGCAAGUCGUUUACCAGUACCUUUGCGUAGACGAGGAGAUGUGAUGGUGGAUAACAGUUGGGUGGUUCCCUACAACCCAUGGUUGCUAUUACGGUAUAAUUGUCACAUCAAUGUUGAAAUAUGUGGGAGCAUAAAAAGUGUCAAGUACUUAUAUAAGUAUAUCUACAAAGGUCCUGAUAGAGUGGCACUUGAGUUGCAAUCAAACACAGAGUUUGAUGAAAUUAGACAAUUUGUUGAUGCAAGGUGGGUCUGUGCACCGGAGGCUUUAUGGAGGAUCUUCAAAUUUGCAAUGAACAAAAUAUAUCCAGUAGUAGAGCGAUUACAAAUACAUCUUCCCAACAUGCAACAGAUAACAUUCAAUGUUGAUGAAACAGUAGAGAAUAUUCUAGCAGAUGAGCACGCACAAAUGUCAAUGCUUACUGAGUUUUUCACCAUAAAUCAAAUGGAUGAGGAUGCAAGAGCAUAUUUGUAUCGAGAAAUUCCUGAACAUUACAGGUGGGAUAAUAGCAACAAAAUUUGGGUGAAAAGAAGAAGAAACUACAAGGUUAUUGGGCGAAUAUACAGCGUCUCACCGUCUGAAGGUGAGAAAUUUUACCCGUGUGUCCUUAAUCAUGUAAGAGGUCCAAGAUCAUUUCGUGAUUUGCUUACUGUUAAUGGUGUUCUACAACCAACUUUCAAGCAAGCAGCAGAGAAACAAGAUUAUCCUUCAUCUGGUGAUAUUGCAAACCGAAACAGGCUCUUACAAGAUUUAAAUGGAGUACUUGAACAAUUUAACAGGAACAUUAGAGAUUUUGACCUGCCUGAAAUGACAACGGAACCAGAAGAAAAUUCAAGAAUGCCAAGGUGUAUUGAAGACGAACUUUCCGUACAUAUCUCUCAAGAAGACAUUGAUGCAAUUGACCGCCUUAAUGACGACCAAAGGAUCGCCUUUAACACAAUCAUGGAUGCAGUUCAGAGAAAAAGAAGUGCAUUAUUUUUUGUUAAUGGUCCUGGUGGAACUGGGAAGACAUAUUUAUACCGUGCAUUGCUAGCAAACAUACGAAGAAUGAAUCAUAUAGUCUUAGCCACAGCAUCAUCUGGAAUAGCUGCAAAUAUACUGCCCGGCGGGAGGACAGCUCACUCUAGAUUUAAGAUUCCACUCAAUGUAGAUGCGUCAUCUAUGUGUUCCAUAGGUAAACAGUCUGCUCUGGCACAACUGGUACAAGAUUCGACUGCAAUUAUUUGGGAUGAGGCACCUAUGACACAUCGACAUGUCUUUGAAGCACUUUAUCAAACUUUUAGAGACAUAAUGGAUGUCGACUUACCAUUUGGUGGAAAGAUAAUGAUUUUUGGGGGAGAUUUUUGUCAACUCCUCCCUGUUAUUCCUAAAGGAACGAAGUCUGAACUCAUUCAAGCCUCCAUUGUGAAAUCAACAUUUUGGACACAUAUAAAGAUAUUGAGACUGAGACAGAAUAUGAGAUCCAUAAAUGACCACCAAUUUGCAGAGUUUCUUCUUCGUGUAGGCGAUGGGAGUGAACAAGUCAUCAAUGACGAAAUGAUAAGAUUACCGGAAUGCAUGGUGGUUCCAUGGGAAAGCGACCAAUCUAUCAAUCUAAUUAUUGAUGAAGUUUUCCCCAAUUUGGGUGAUCAUGUAAAUGAUGCAAGAUACAUGGUGGACAGAGCAUUGAUUACUCUUAUAAACGACGAUGUGGACGUGUUGAAUGAAAAGAUAAUCCAUAUGUUUCCAGGUGAAGAAAUUACAUUGUACUCAUUUGACUCUGUUGAAGAUGACAUCAGAAAUUUGUACCAACCAGAGUUUCUGAACUCAAUAACCGCAGGUGGGCUGCCACCCCACAAGUUAACUCUGAAAGUAGGUGCUCCAAUCAUGCUUUUGAGGAAUAUUGACCCUAAAUUGGGAUUGUGUAACGGUACUAGAUUGUUGGGCCGUGGUUCGUACCAAAAUCUGAUUGAUGCUGAGAUACUAACAGGACAAUUUGCUGGGACUAGAGUUUUUCUACCUAGAAUUCCUUUGAAAAGUGCAGAAAAUGCUGGGCUCCUAUUUCAACUAACAAGAAAGCAAUUUCCAGUGAAACUAAGCUUCUGUUUGACCAUAAACAAAUCUCAAGGCCAGAUCGUCUUCAAUAUAUAUUUGUAUAUACCAGCGCAUAUUUUUGUACAAUGGAUUGCUAAAGACAUAUUUGUUCCAACCAUUUAUGUUUUUUACUGA